AUGCCAACACUUCCUCCCGAGCCUAAUGGUAAAGGCAGUCUGGCUUGCGCCCGGUCCCCACUGGCAUCCACCUCUCAUGCAGAGUGCCAGCCCGAAGUUGAAGUUCAACAUGCACGAUUUGAGUGCACCCCACGCUCUGAGUUUACUGCGAUUUCAAAUAACUCGACCAGUGUCAACCCUUAUGGGACCAGAAUUGGAAAAAAUCACUCCAGCUACCUGUUGAUGUAUUACAUGCUGACUGGAAUUCGAUCGGCUGUUUUGAAGGGAGAAGAAAAAUACACACAAAUAGCGGCGCCUUCUUUUGAGGGAAUCGACAAAAAGACAUGCAAGAAGCGUGUCAAGCUUUCCCUUGAAAACAAGGAGACCACUGGCGGUUGCUGCUCAUGUUCCAAACGAAAAAGUAGAGAAUUCAGAGACUAUGCGCCGAUCGCUUUUAGGUUUUUGCGAAAGCAAUUUUUCAUCGAUACUGAAGACUACCUGACUUCCCUCACCCCUAGAUAUGUGCUCUCUGAAUUGGGUAGCCCCGGGAGAAGUGGAUCGUUUUUUUACUAUUCCCACGACUACCGAUUUCUUAUAAAAACCAUUGGAAAGGUGGAGCAUUCGUCCCUUCUCAGUUUGCUGCCAGACUAUUGCGCACACGUCAAAAGAUUUCCAAACACGCUCUUAACACGGUUUUUAGGUCUACAUCGAAUAAGUGGAUUGCGGCCAGGGUCUCCGCCCAUUUAUUUUGUUGUGAUGGGAAAUGUAUUUCCACCGUCAAAGGACAUCCACGAAAUUUACGAUUUGAAAGGAUCUUUUCACGGGCGUCAAGUAUCUGUUCGAAAGCUUACAAGAUGCCCUAGAGAACCAAGAAAAGACCUUAAUUGGUUGCGUUCCGGAAAGAAAUUGCUCCUUUCGCCACGAAAAGCGGCACUUGUGAUGACUCAAUUGGAACAUGAUGUCGAGUUCCUUACUUCAUGCAACAUUAUGGACUAUUCGCUUCUUGUUGGCAUCCACUCCAUACAAAGAGGAAAUCGAGAAAGGAUAAGAGAUAAGGCGCUUUCUGUGUUUGAAACGGCGCCUAUCGAAGAGGGCCACGCAAACCAGCCCGCUGAUCGGGAUUUGACGUCCUCAAAUGUGCACCGCCAUCACAAAAAGAACAAGCGGCGAUACCCAUCUUCCAUUAAAUCUGCAUUGGUUGGGUUCGCUCGUCCCUUAACACAAGAGGACCCCAUCUGCUUGAUGGAGCAAAGUGAUGAUGCCGCAAAUAGAUCGGCAACCAUCAACCAGCUGCAGCAAUCCUCUUUGCCAUCCUUUCACAACAGUAAGCACAACGCUCCUGCUGAGAGGUCCAAUUUUGUAUUCUACAGCGAAGAGGGAGGAAUCCUCUCUGGAACAGAAGAAGCUUUCCGAAAUCCCGUCACGGUAGCGCCAGAACGGCCAACGGAAAUUUAUUAUCUCGGAAUCAUAGAUAUUUUAACGCCAUAUUCGUGUAAGAAGCAAAUUGAGCACGCCUUUAAGUCGUUUCGCUCUUCCAGCCUGUCCAUUUCGGCCGUAUCCCCCGCUGUAUACAGUCGCCGCUUUUUGGCGUUCAUGAGAAGAUGUGUUUUGAACCAGGAGAAUAGCAACUCCUCGUCAAUUCAAACGUCAAAACAAAUAGAAAAAUAUUUAACCCUUAUGAUCUCCCAGUCUGAAUACGAGCUAUCUCUUGCCUCAUCCAUGGUGACCUCUGCCGCUGUAAAUACAACAACAGUGCAGCCGUAUCAGCAAAACUGA